UCCCCAUACUAACACCAUCGCGCCGGCCACCUCCUCCUCCCUCCCUCCCCAAAGGCCCGGACUUUCUUUUCUUUGAUCUCUUCUUGCUCGUCCAUCGAUCCGGCCAUUCCCCUAGGUAAAUUUCAACGAUGCAGUUCAGCAGUGUGUUUCCCUUAGAGGGCAAAGCAUGUGUGAGCCCAAUAAGGAGAGGUGGUGAGGGCCCAGGGAGUGACAGAUUGAAGAUCGGGGACAGUAUUAGCAUCAAGCAUGAUAGAGCAGUGAGGAGAAUGUGUUUUGGUGCUAGGGGCACGAGAAACAGUGCACAAUGUGUGCUCACCUCAGAUGCUGGCCCAGACACUCUUCAUGUCCGAACAUCAUUCCGGAGGAACUAUGCGGAUCCAAAUGAGGUUGCUGCUGUCAUAUUGGGUGGUGGCACUGGGACUCAACUUUUCCCUCUCACAAGCACAAGGGCCACACCUGCUGUUCCUAUUGGAGGGUGCUAUAGGCUUAUCGAUAUCCCCAUGAGCAACUGUUUCAACAGUGGCAUAAACAAGAUAUUCAUAAUGACUCAAUUCAACUCAGCAUCUCUUAAUCGUCACAUUCACCGUACAUACCUUGGUGGUGGAAUCAACUUUACUGAUGGAUCUGUUGAGGUAUUAGCUGCUACACAAAUGCCUGGGGAGGCUGCUGGUUGGUUCCAGGGUACAGCAGAUGCAGUUAGAAAAUUUAUCUGGGUACUUGAGGACUAUUACAAGCAUAAAGCCAUCGAACACAUUUUAAUCUUGUCAGGAGAUCAACUUUAUCGUAUGGACUACAUGGAGCUCGUGCAGAAACAUGUUGACGACAAUGCUGAUAUUACUUUGUCAUGCGCACCUGUUGGAGAGAGUCGAGCAUCUGACUAUGGACUAGUGAAGUUCGACAGUUCAGGACGUGUAAUUCAAUUUUCUGAAAAACCCAAGGGUGCUGACUUGGAAGCAAUGAAAGUGGAUACCAGCUUUCUCAACUUUGCCAUAGACGACCCAACAAAAUAUCCCUACAUUGCUUCAAUGGGAGUUUAUGUCUUCAAAAGAGAAGUUCUUUUAAACCUUCUAAAGUCAAGAUAUUCGGAACUACAUGACUUUGGGUCUGAAAUCCUACCAAGAGCUUUACAUGAGCACAACGUACAGGCAUAUGUCUUCGCUGACUACUGGGAAGACAUAGGAACAAUCAGAUCGUUCUUUGAUGCAAACAUGGCCCUCUGCGAGCAGCCUCCCAAGUUUGAGUUUUAUGAUCCAAAAACUCCCUUCUUCACUUCACCUCGAUACUUACCACCGACAAAGUCAGAUAAAUGCAGGAUCAAAGAUGCAAUCAUUUCCCAUGGUUGUUUCUUGCGUGAAUGUACGAUCGAGCAUUCAAUAGUUGGUGUUCGCUCACGCCUAAAUUCUGGAUGUGAGCUCAAGAAUACCAUGAUGAUGGGUGCGGAUCUGUAUGAAACUGAAGAUGAAAUAUCAAGACUACUUUCAGAAGGCAAGGUCCCCAUUGGUGUAGGGGAAAACACAAAGAUCAGCAACUGCAUUAUCGACAUGAACGCGCGGGUUGGAAGGAACGUGGUCAUCAAAAACAGCGAGGGUGUCCAAGAAGCUGAUCGGCCGGAGGAAGGGUACUACAUAAGGUCGGGAAUCGUGGUGAUCCUGAAGAACGCGACCAUCAAGGACGGGACGGUCAUAUAGGAGAGCUCGCGACGCAGCCACAACUUUCAGAAGUCUGAAUCUGAACCAGCAAAUGCAGUGCAGUGCAUCUUUUCUGGAAGAGUAGGACGUACAAAUUCCUUGAUUUUGGUAUCAGGAAGAGCUGAAAGAAAGAUCCCAGGAAGAUUGACGAGAGCUGGAUGAUCGAGAAAGAUGGUGUAGUAGUAGCAGCAGCAACUUGGUCGUCGGUUCUUCGCUCGCUAAAUGUGUGUAAUAACUAAUAAGCUGCCCGAGUGAAGCAGCAGCAGCAGCAUUUGGAGGUCGUUGGUGCAUCACCAUGUUCGUGUAAAUAAACCCAAAAGACUGGAAAAAAAUGUAUCGUAAUCCCUGCGUGCCAUCGUCUCCA